AUGACUGCCAAUAGCCUAUUGGGACGAUCCCUAUUUAAUGAAAGGCGAUGCAGCAAACGUUCGUUAGUCUUACUGAUUGUCGGUCUCGUUGCUGGCUUCUGUCUGGCAGAGCUGUUUGUCUACUCAUCCAUUCCGAAACGUUGCGAUGUCAACGGCGACCAUUCCAAUCAACACAUGCAGAAUUUUUCUCGUCCCAAACAGGAUAUCGACUCGCCCGAACAUUCAAAUGACGAAACAAGCCUUGCUGAAAAGUUGCAUAGCGAAAUACGUGUUCUUUGCUGGAUUCUGACAAAUCCCUCCAAUCAUAAGGCGAAGGCGGUCCAUGUAAAACGCACCUGGGGCAAGCGAUGUAACAAGCUGAUCUUCAUGAGCUCAGCCAAGGAUGAGGAAUUGGAUUCUGUGGCCCUGCCCGUAGGCGAGGGACGCGACACCCUGUGGGGCAAAACGAAAGAGGCCUACAAAUAUAUCUACGAGCACCAUAUCAACGAUGCGGACUGGUUCCUUAAGGCUGACGACGAUACCUAUAUCAUUGUAGAGAACUUGCGCUAUAUGCUAUAUCCCUAUAACCCUGACACGCCUGUUUAUUUUGGCGCCAGAUUUAAGGCAUACGUCAAGCAGGGCUAUAUGUCUGGUGGAGCUGGAUAUGUGCUCAGUCGCGAGGCAGUGCGUCGCUUUGUGGUGGAAGCGCUGCCCAAUCCCAAGCUAUGCAAACAGGAUAACAACGGUGCUGAGGAUGUUGAGAUAGGCAAAUGCUUGGAGAAUGUCAAAGUGCUGGCAGGCGAUUCUCGUGAUGCCAAUGGACGUGGACGCUUCUUUCCNUUUUUUUUUUUGAAUAGUCAGCCGAAUACAAUUCCAAGAAUCAAGCUGAGUGCGUCUAUGAGCUUAUGGAAGCGCAUGGGCAUGAGCAACAACAGCAACAAGCAGGARGCGAAAAAGAAGAAGAAGACCACAGCAACUGGCCAGAACAUAAAUCGCUGUGCGGCUACUGUCUUGGCAACAACAAGAGCUCUCUUCGCCUAG